GUCACGCGUCUGAGGCUGGGGCGUCGACGCCUCGACAACGGUGUGCUGCAGCCGUGCGCGCCAGGCCUCCCCAUCACCCAUUUUCUCACCACCACCUCCGUCUCGUCCUCGUCGCACAGAGCGCCGUCGACGCUCCGCCCCUCUCCUUUGCGCCGGCAUGGCCGCUCAACCCUCGCAGGCGAUCAACUCGGGAGAGCUCACCGACCUCAUCUCUUCCUCGUCGUCCGCGACUGUCUAUCCUUCUGACGACACCAUUCUCUCCGUGCUGCAGGCACGCUUCCGUUCAGACCUCCCUUACGCCCGCAUUGGCACAUCCAACCUCGUCGUUGUCAACCCGUACAAGACUCUCAACAAUGUCAGCGACGCGAGCGCCAAGGAGUACGAGGAACGGUGUUACAAGGACACUAGCCUCCCUCUGCCCGGUGGUCCACCGUCACCACAGCCCCACAUCUACGACCUUGCAGCGAGGGUGUACCUGCUUAUGAGGAGGAGAAAUGAGUCGCAAUCGGUGGUCUUCCGAGGAAUAACGGCGUCGGGAAAGACACAGAAUUCCCAGCUGCUUGUCAACCAGGUGCUGAGGCUCUCCGCACAUUCCAAAAAGGAGGCGAAACUCGCGACACAAAUCAAGGCGCUCUCGCCGCUCCUCGAUUCAUUCGGUAACGCCAAAACACUCAUCAAUCCGAAUGCGUCUCGACAUGGUCGCUACCUCGAGCUCCACUUCAGUGACCGAGGUCGUAUCAGUGGGGCCAAGGUACUCACGUACGGGCUCGACAAAUCGCGCCUGAAUCGCCUCUCCUUCGAGGAACGCACCUACCAUGUGUUCUACCAGUUCCUCGCGGGCGCAACACCGGAUGAGCGUGACAUGUACAACCUCGAGGAUCCAUCAGACUAUGCGCUCCUAGCAUCGUCGGGUUGCUACCGACUCCCUUCUGGCGCUCACAGCGACGACAACACAGCGAUGGAGGAGUUGCGUGCGGCGAUGAAGACGCUUGGGUUCAAGCCGAAGCACCUUUCGUCAAUAUUCAGCUUGCUCGUGGCAAUCCUUACGCUCAGUAACGUGCAGUUCACGGAACCUGACAACAGGGAUGUCUCCGCGCUCAUCUCCAAUCCUCUCGUUCUUGAAGAAAUUGCUCGUCUUCUCGGCGUACCUCUGGACGACCUCAGCGAGACACUGACAAACAAGACAAACUAUGUCCGGAAGGAGUUGUACACAGUGCUCUUGAACGCACACCAGGCCGCAGCUCAGCGGGAUUCCUUGAUGCGCGAACUCUACGCGAUCUUGUUUGCCUUCGUCGUUGAGACUGCGAACCACCGCAUCGCCCCCAACCCCCAAUCACCACCUCCCCCUGCACAAAUUGUCUUGCUCGAUCAACCUGGCUUCCAGACGAAGGGUGCACCCGGCUCGGCAUCAGUGUACAUUGGUGGUCCCGCACCCCUCCUGACGCCCCAUGGCCAGGCCGGCUUCGACGAGUUCUGCAUCAACUUUGCGAAUGAGAUGGUGCAGUCGUACGUUCUGCGCAACGCUUUCGAGGAUUUUGUUGGGUACAACGGGGAGAUGACGAGGGAUGGUGUUUCCCUGCCCGCGAUCGCGACGAUGGACAACUCUGCGUGCAUCGAGCUGUUGCGGGGCUCUCAGCUGAGCGAGAGGGCGUCGAAGAAGCCGGGAGGUAUCCUCGGUGUGAUGAACAAGGCGAGCUCGUCGUUCAAGUCCGGGAAGAGCGGAGAGAAGCGCGACGAGGAGCUGUUGCAAGAUCUGGUCUCCAAGUUCGGUGUUCACGCAUCGUUCAUUGCGAGCCCACCAGAGCAGGCGGCGAACAUGCAGUUCGGCAUCAAUCACUUCGCUGGGCCAUGCUCAUACGACGUACACGGCUUUGUGGAGAAGGACACAGACAUCCUCGACACCGCUUUCGUCUCCCUCCUCCGGAACUCCACGGACCCCUUCAUCUCGAAGCUUAUGUCGGGGCCUAGUCUUGCGACCGAGCGUCACGCGAAGGACGAGAGCAUCAUCGCGCAAGCACAGGUUUCCUCUCGACCUCUCCGUCAACCGACACCCGUCCUCUCUCGGGAUGGUGCCCCACCUGCAGAGGGCGAGGAGCACUCGCAUCUGGACCCAUCGAAAGCCUACCCCGUCACCACUCAGCUCAGCCACAAUCUCUCCGAGAUGAUGGCCAGCCUCGACCGGACACGUCUCUGGACCGUAUCGUGUAUCCGGCCGAACGACUCAGGCUCGUCGAACUCGUUCGAUAAGCGGCGAGUAAAAGCGCAGAUCCGUGCGCUGCUCCUCCCGGACUUGGUGUCGCGCAAGAAGGUGGACUUCGUUGCCGACUUCGAUCACACGUCGUUUUGCGAUCAGUAUGUCCCGACCAUGGGCGGCUCGGAGUCGGAGCGCAUCCGGCAGUGCGCGCAUGCGAAUGGUUGGCAGGAGGGCCAGGACUACGUCGUUGGACACCGGUCGAUCUGGCUGACGUACAUGGCGUGGAAGAUGGUGGAGGAUGUCUUGCGGCAGGCGGAGAAGGAUGCGAAGAAGGGUAUGGGUAUCAAGGAUGAUGAGGACGAGAGCGUCGCGCCGGAUGAUAUGACGGAGGCGACUCAGCACGAUGCACCGUCUAUGCCUGCUGCGUCCUACUACGGUGCGGGCGCGAGCGAGGACAACUUGCUCCUGACUCGCACGGGCACGAAUGGGACGACUUACCGGGACGCGAACACGAAGGGUGGCUACGCUCAGGUCGGUCUCUCGACGCCUAACGUCGAGAACACCCCGGCGUACAACGACCAGGAAGGCGAGGUCUGGGGAUCGGAGUGGGACAAGAAGGACCCUGCCUACGGAGGUCCACCCGUACUCGAGAAGGAAGCCCCCGGCGGCAUGGUCGUCAAAGACGCACCGAACGCUGUCGAGGAGGUCCCGACUACAAAGAUUCGCCGCUGGUGGGUCGCUAUCGUCUGGUUGGUAACAUGGUGGAUGCCCGACUUCUGCCUGAACAAGAUCGGGCGUAUGAAGCGGCCAGACAUUCGGCUGGCGUGGCGAGAGAAGGUCACCAUCUUCUUCCUCAUCAUAUUCUUCAAUGGUGUCGUCUUGUUCUACAUCAUCGAGUUCGGUCGUCUCCUCUGCCCGGAUUACGACAAGGCAUGGAACACGAACCAACUCGGCCAGCACACCGGUACGAACGACUUCUAUGUCGCCAUCCAAGGCACUGUGUACGACGUCUCGAAGUUCGUCAACCACGAUCACAGUGACAUCGCGAGUGAACCGAGUAACGGCGCAGACACCUUGGACUACCUUGCCGGUCAGGAUCUGACGUACUAUUUCCCGCCACCCCUCACGCUCGCUUGCCCCAACCUGGUCACGAACGACCAGUUGUCUUUGCUCACGCCCACGAACUGGACGGAGACGGUGCCUCAAGCGAUGCACACAUCAGGAGCAUUGCAGAGCUUCAAGUCGAGUAAGCUGCAUCAGGAUAACUGGUACACGUCAAUCUUCCAGCCGAAGAUCAAUCAGUACAAGAUCGGUGCGUACGUCUUCAGCAAGGGCGAGCUCUCGGCCGCAUCGUCUAGCAAUGAUGGUUCCACGACGGACCAACGAUACUGGGCUAUCUGGGACAACAGUGUCUAUGACCUCUCCGCGUAUUUCCAGACGCUUACGAACAACGACGAUUCUUCCGUCUUUACGUUCCUGGAUUCUGAUCUCGCCGGUCUCUGGCAGUCUACGCCUGGACAAGAUAUCUCGAGCGACAUCGCGUCUACCUUGGCUAAGAUGAACUCAUCGUACGCCGAGGAUAAUGUCAGGUGCAUCAAGAACCUUUUCUACUGGGGCGAGCUGGACUUCCGUUCGACGGCGCGGUGUCAAGUUCAAAAUAUUAUGCUCAUUGUGUUCUCAGCCAUCAUCAUGUCGUCCAUGGCGAUCAAGUUCCUUGCUGCUCUGCAGCUGACACCGAAGGCGACGCCCGAGAUGCUGGACAAGUUCGUCAUUUGCCAGGUGCCCUGUUACACGGAAGGCGAGGAGUCACUGCGCCGUACGCUCGACUCGUUGGCUGCUCUGAACUACGACGACAAGCGCAAGCUCAUGUUCAUCAUCUGUGACGGUAACAUCAUCGGUACUGGGAAUGACCGUACGACGCCCCGAAUCGUCCUCGACCUCCUCGGUGUGGACCCUCAACUGGAUCCUGAGCCCCUCCUUUUCAGGUCCGUUGGCGAGGGCUCGAAGGCUCUGAACUACGGCAAGAUCUAUUCGGGUCUCUACGAAUUCGAGGGCCACGUCGUUCCGUACAUCAUCGUCGUCAAAGUCGGCAAGCCGACCGAGCGCACCAAGCCUGGUAACCGAGGAAAGCGUGACAGUCAGAUCUUGCUUAUGCAGUACCUCAACCGCGUCCAUUUCGAUGCCCCGAUGAACCCUCUCGAGCUGGAGAUCUACCACCAGAUGCGCAACGUCAUUGGCAUUGACCCUGCCUUCUACGAGUAUAUCUUCACCGUCGAUGCUGAUACGUCCGUUACGCCGGAGUCUUUGAAUCGUUUGGUGGCCGCCACUGCCGAUGACUCGAGUAUUAUCGGUGUCUGUGGCGAGACAAGGCUAGACAACCCGGAGAAAUCCUGGUGGACAAUGAUUCAGGUCUACGAAUACUACAUCUCUCACCACCUGUCAAAGGCAUUCGAGAGUUUGUUCGGCUCGGUGUCCUGUUUACCCGGUUGUUUCUCGCUCUACCGCAUCCGAACGGCGGACAAGGGUCGUCCUGUGAUCAUCUCCAACCGUAUCAUCGAGGAGUACGCGGAGCCCAAUGUCGAUACGUUGCACAAGAAGAAUCUGUUCUCCCUCGGUGAAGAUCGAUUCUUGACGACGUUGAUGCUGAAGCACUUCCCCACUUUCCGGACGAAGUUCCUCGGCUCGGCUCUUUCACAUACGAUCGCCCCGGAGUCCUGGCGCGUUUUGUUCUCGCAGCGUCGUCGGUGGAUCAACUCUACUGUCCACAACCUCUGUGAGCUGGUGCUCCUUCCGGACAUGUUCGGGUUCUGCUGUUUCUCUAUGCGCUUCUUCGUCUUCGUGGAUCUCCUGGGUACCCUGAUCCUUCCGUCGACAGUCGUCUACUUGACCUACCUGGUUAUUGUCGUCUCAACUCACCAGUCUGCAUUCCCUCUCAUUUCGAUCAUCAUGAUAGCGGCCGUGUACGGCUUGCAGGCGAUCAUCUUCUUGCUCAAGCGAGAGUUCAUGCUUAUCGGUUGGAUGGUUGUAUACAUCCUUUCAUAUCCGGUCUACAGUUUCUUCCUUCCCAUCUACUCGUACUGGUGCAUGGACGACUUCAGUUGGGGUAACACUCGUCUCGUCAUCGGUGACGGCAGCAACAAGAAGGUCGUCAUGAACGAGGAUGAGAAGUUCGACGAGUCCAUGAUCCCUCUCAAGAAGUUCAGUGAGUACGAGGCAGAAGCAUGGGAGACUGGCACGCGUCACUCCGAUGAGACCGGUUACAGCAGCAAGCCACGUUCCCGUGUUCGCGGCUCCGUGUCUGGAUCGCAGUCACCGCGCAGCUAUCACCAAACAUCGCAAGCCGAGGGCGGCGACUACUGGCGCGACACAAAUGCACUCGGCCACAAGGGCUCGAAUCCCAGCCUGCGUGGACGGCCUUCACAGACAAACCUGUCGCAGUAUGGUGGGCAGCCGGUCAUGUCGCAAUACAGCAUCCCGCAGUUGCCGUUCAUGCCCAUGGGCGGUGGACCUGGCUCUGUGGCUGGCUCUGAGUAUGGCGGCCACAUGCCCAUGGCGAUGCCGAUGGGCUACCAGAACACGGGUAGCAUGUACGGCAUGAUGCCGACCGCGCCACGCAACACCGUCAUGACAAACCUCAAUAUGUUUGGCGGCAGUGCAGAUAUGGAUGCGACCGGGUCACAGCACUCCGGCCAUGGGCUGGCAGCUCCGAUGAUGCCGAUAGCUCAGCGACCGAUGUCGACGUUCUCAAUGGCAACGUCGGUGAAUCCCUUCGCAGGGCCGAGCAUGAACCCGAAUCCUUCAGACGAGGAUUUAGUUCACGCGCUGCGCCAAUAUCUUAGCACACAAGACCUGAUGACUGUGACGAAGAAGACUGCAAGGGAAGCUAUCCAGGCGAAGUUCCCCAAGGCUGAUUUGUCGGGUCGUAAACAGUUCUUGAACGACUCGAUCGACCAGAUUCUUUCUCAAGCAUAGACAGCCCUCACGAACCUUCUACGAACAUUCGCCGCCUUGCACUUUCGGUCUUUACUUGGACGCGGACUGACGUUGGGACACUACACUAUCGGACUUUUUGUCGAGUCAUCAUGUUUGCACUGCACGGACAUUGACCAUCUCUCGCAUCACGAACACUAUAGCAAUGUAAUGCCACUGAACUUUAGUAUCCUUGGAAUCUAUGCUUGUGUAGCUGCUCAAUUUCAGCGACUUUCCAUACGA